AUGUCUGGCGCAUCUCCCGCACCUGUAGGCUACUGGGAAUACGGCUGGGAAAAGUGUAAACGUCAACCUCUCGUACCUCUAGGUGUGCUUGCUACCUGUGCGGCGCUCAUCGGGGCCUCGGCCUCGCUGAGGAAGGGCAACCGGGAACAGUUCAACAAGUACUUGCGAUUCCGAGUAGCAGCACAAGGUGUGACCGUCGUAGCCGCCGUCGCCGGAACGUACUUCCUGACCAACAAACCUCAACAAGUUCGGGACCGUCGCCAACAAGUCCUUACCAACCAGCUUCCCCCCGAUCCAGAUUCAAUUAUCAGCGCUGCUCCCGAAUCGGGCCUGAUCGCAGGCAAGACGACAUCCUCCAAGGAACUCGCUACCUCGUCCCUUCAGACCCACGGAAAGGGACAGGGUGAACCCGCAUCCCCGUCGACGUCGAAAUCCGAAUCGAACAGGUUCGAAAGAGCUCCCCGGAUCUCGCAGACGAUGCAACAGACCGAGAAGGCUCUCGAAGGUGGGGAAGGCGCCGUUAAGCCGAGGAGGGUGAGCGAGUUUGGAAAGCGGUUGGAAGAGGCCGAGAGGUUGCAGAGGGAGAGCGACAAGUAG